GUCAAAUCUAACCAUCAUAAUAUUUACGAGUAUUCAAAACAAUCCAUAAUGGCGAAGCUCCUGGUACUCAUCUUGCUUACAUUUGUCUUUUCCAUUUGCUCCCGAGCACAGGGUAACAGUCAAUGCGCACAAUGGUGCGCAGUCAAUUUCGCCCCUGACCCAGGAAAUGUCUGCACAGCACCCGCAGCCCAUGGAACAGGGCCUUGUUAUGAAUGUGGGCCACAAAACACAAAUCCAGAUAAAGUGCUUUGCAAUAAGGCUUGUGCCAACAUUAAGACUGACCCCAACAACUGUGGAUCAUGUGGCAAUGUUUGUCCAUCUGGAAACUGUCAAAACGGAAAAUGUACUUGCGUUGGCAAGACAUGUGGAACCUUUCAACAAUGUCAUACUGGGGGUUGUGUGUGCUUCAGCACAACUGAAGGCAUUGGGGCAUGUGGUUCGGGUGUUUCUUGUGGUCCUCUUAAGACUUGCCAGUCCUCCUCGGAAUGUGCGUCCGGGGAAAAGUGUGUUGUUCAGUCUUGCUGUGGAAGAAACGUAUGCCAUCCUAUUCAACCCAACUGUCAAGCUGCAACAAGAAAGCGCCGGGGCGGCCCGGAGUAUGUUGUCCGUCGUGACUCGGGCUUCAGCACUGGAGAACGUCGUGACUUGGCGGAUACCAGCACUGGUGAGCCUAUCUAGUGAAGGCACUAAAAAGUGUGGGGAGGAAGAGAUCGGGAUCAUGGAAAUCUAGCUGAGAAAGUGAUACUGCUAAGAUUCAGCUGUUCUUCAGCUUAGCAGAAAUAUUUCCUAUGUUUUCUGGAGUUCCUUCAUCUGUUGUUCUGUUUCUUUAUAUUUCGCUUUCUCCUAUUAAAAAUUGCUGUUGAAGGGGGAUGUUGAUAUUAUUUCUGUGUUCUAAUUGUAUCUAUGGUAUAUGUGCUGUAUAAUUUCUCGUUAGUUAUUAUAGUUAAGUACUUCAAGUAGUAAUUACAGUUUUGUUUUAUCUACUAUG